AUGCAGUCAACAGUUCAGACAACUCCAGCUCCAGCUCCAGUCGUUCGGCCUUAUGGUCCUGCAACCUCUAGCCUUCACAGGGUUCCAUUGAGUUUGUCAGCUUCCCCACUUCCACCAUUUGGUCCGCUGCCUCCAAUUCCAAUCAAGGCUAGAUCCGCUUUUGCGGUCAAUGCUCCGAGUUCGCCUGGACAAUUGCGCCGACAAGGUUCGCGAUCCAAACUGCACGAAUCCAACUUGGUGUUGCCAGGUCAUCCAAAUGUUUUGAGGAAAAGAAUCCCCACAGAACCUCCCCACCUUGAAUCCUCUUCACCCAUUUCCCUCGCUUCAAGUUCACCAACAAUUCAUUCACAUACAGUCAAGCAAUUCUCACAGGCUUCACUCUCAUCUUUGAAAAAAGAGGAAUUUCCGUCUCUAAGUUCCUACGAGCCCUCUACCUUUUUCUCGAACCCCUCCGGCUCGUCUCCCGAGGAAGACAAAAAGAAAGCUUCAAAGUUACCAUCUCAGCAAGGGCUGACAUCAAACAAACGUGAAGCAGAUUCAUCUAAAUUUACUUCUCUGGCUGUCCCAACCUCACACAAAGGUAAAGAGAUAGCUUUUCAAUUACCUUUCCGACACGCCUUGACAUCGAGCAAAGGCAAGGGUAUAUCAACCGAGUUGUCAUCCCUACCUGUCCCGAAGUCACGCAAAGGUAAGGAGAUAGUCACAAACUCUUCUUCUGCUCCAGUUUCCGGCAAAGGAAAAGACAAAGUGUCUGAGCUUCCGUAUCUACCAGGUUCUACUUCAGCAAGAGUCUCCACGAAGAGCAAGACAUCGAGUACUGAAACUGACACAGAGUUGUCCUCCGAUUCACGCGGUAGUCAGGAAUCACUUAAAUCCUCUUUUACUUCUCCUCCUGGGUACAAGUCCACGACUUUUCCCGUACCUCGCACUAGUGAUACCUUGGACCUAGUUCCAGCACCCCUAAAGAUCACACGAAAGUCAUCACUGCAGCUCACGCCUGUUUCAGCACAGUCAUCAAGUUCGUCGACGAGGCUGCCCACACCAGGAAUACCCCAGCUUCCAGACAACGACAACGUGGUCAAGCUAGCUAAAACACUACCUCGUCGAGUCAGCUCGUCACCAGAUCUUCGUCCAUGUAUCAAGACAAGAUCUUCAAGCAGCAGAGAUAUUACUGUUGAGCCUGCUUUCAUCGAUCCCGUGUCCCGACUACAUUCUGCCGACGUUCCCAACAGAUCCCGUCAUCGUCGCGCUUACGCCAUUUCGAACCUAAACAAGUCUACAUCAUCCAGACUUUCUUUAGUGGCCGAAGGUGACGAAGGCGAUCAGGAACAAAACGUAUCCGGAUCGCAGGAGACCACCAGCGACCAUUACGGGGACCCAGAGCUGGAACUUAUCACCGACCAGCUCCGGGACCUCCUUGCCGAGUCCAUCGAUCGGCAGUACAACCAGCGGGUCGCCGAGAACCGGAUCACCAAUCCGGAGGUCGUCAGAAUUGGCGACACUAGGCGCCAACCUUCCCUAAGCGAAGCAGCAGAGACGAGCAGCGGUUCCCGCCACUCUUACGAGGGAACCAUGGGUUCCUGCUGCAGCAGGCGCGCUCAGCCUCCAGCCAGCUCAAGCUUCGGGUCGGCUGCGACCCUCGUCGCUCCCGCCGGCGAUGGGCCUACCCAGCCCAUCGAUAUUCCAGCAGGGGAUAUCGCGGUCUCGCUUCUGGCGAGAUACCACUCGCCGAGCUCGGCCGGCCGCGGUGGCUCGUCGUUUUCGUCUGGUGUGGGUGGUGGUGUUAGUGGCGUUGGUGGUCCUGGUUCCUCAGAGGAGGACGACCUCUUCGGAGGUCAACCAGACCUCCCCAAUUUGUUAUACUCAGCAAGUAAGGCACGUGCAGCCAAUAUAGUAGCCAACGAGUUCCUUGAGGAAAUUGAGCUGGUGGCGGCUAGCACUCCUCGUGCCGUUAUUCCUCAUGCCGUUCCUCUCCCUACCCGUAUCUUGUCUCCAAUCCUUGCUGCCACUCGUGUCACCGCAGUUGUUGUGGAGCUUGAUCUUCUGGCUUCGGCAGAGCCAGAGGUUUGGGAUUUGAUCAGCGCUCGUCGCCGUCAGGCUGCCAGCGGGUCGACAACGGUGAGUAAUGGUUCGUUGCUCGACCAUGCCACCAUUUCGUUGGGUUCUAAAUCCAGGGAAGCCCAGAGGCAAAGUCGUCUGCUCCACGAGCAGGACAACCGGGCUCGGGCUGCCCGUAAAGAGCAUACGCUUACUCGCAAGGCGUCCAAGGCCGCGCUGAAGAUCGUGAAGUCAAUGGGUGGUGAAGAUGGUGCGAAGAAGGUCGAUAAAUUAUCAUCCUUCCUCGAGUAUCAUAUGUAA